UAGAUGAGAAAAACUUCUUUUAUUGUAACUUAUUAUGGGACCAGGAAAAAUGUUUUCUCUUAACAUCCACUGAAAGAGGGUAUUACUACCACGGCUUUGCAAGUGAGAGAGUUCUUGAUUACAAAAUCUAAAACUAAGUUUUUUUUGGAGGAGGGACCGUCUUUUGCUUGGUGCCUGUAGCAUAGCGGGUACUUCAGAGCUGCUCUUAGGAGUUUUAAGUGCUGUGGCAAUGCUGCUACCAGAAAACACUGUGUUUGCCCAUUCCUCCUCUGUGGUAGCUCACUGUAAGUGUGUGCUGUCACUGAGCAUGGUAGUACACUGCGAGUAUCCUAAAUUUGUCUCGUCCUUAGUACAGUUUGCGAGCAUUAGCGCCAGCACAAAGUUAUGGAGUGGAGAAAAGACGGCAGGACCACUCCUUUCACUAGCAACCCCUAAUUAGAUUGGUAUAAAGCAACAUUGAGAACAAAGCCUUGGUGGCUUGCUGAUGGCUGUACAGAAAAUCUGCGCCAGAGUGGAGAAUGGAUCCUGGCCCUACGGGCUCACAACUGGAUUGUUGCUGUUCUUUGUCCAAGCGGGACUCCUGCUGUGCACAGCCUCCUUUCUUCCCUUUUCCAUCUUCGUAAAUGACGAUAGCAGAGCUGGUUGGCUCCCCUUGGAGGCUUGAAACAACUCAAAUUCCAUUAAGGUCAAGUGACCUCUAGGAGACAAGUGUUAAGUGUUGGGCCCUUCCUGUAUCCCAAUGGAACAUGUGGUCUGCUACUCGGUGUUGGAUGUUCUCACAGCCUUUCCCUUUUUCUCUAGGCUCGGAUGGAGGUAGAUGCUGAUGGAAAUGGUGCUAAAAUAUUUGCUUACGCUUUUGACAAAAAUCGUGGAAGGGGAUCUGGCCGUCUGCUGCAUGAGCUGCUUUGGGAGAGACACCGGGGAGGGAUUGCUCCUGGAUUUCAGGUGGUACAUCUGAAUUCGGUGACAGUGGACAACCGCCUAGACAAUCUGCGCCUAGUUCCUUGGGGGUGGAAACCCAAAGCUGAAGAAAUCUCUAGUAAACAAAGGGAACAAAGUCUGUAUUGGCUGGCAAUCCAACAGCUUCCUACAGAUCCUAUAGAAGAGCAGUUUCCUGUACUGAAUGUAACACGAUAUUACAACGCUAAUGGGGAUGUUGUGGAGGAGGAAGAGAACUCAUGCACAUAUUAUGAAUGUCACUACCCCCCAUGCACAAUGAUUGAAAAACAGUUACGUGAAUUCAAUAUUUGUGGCCGAUGCCAGGUAGCAAGGUACUGUGGGUCACAAUGCCAGCAAAAAGACUGGCCUGCUCACAAGAAACACUGUCGGGAGAAGAAACGGACCUUCCAGCAAGAGCUCGGACCAGAACGAUGACUGGGUGGCACAGGCCUCUUAGCAGCAGGAUUCCUUCUCAAAGGCAUUGGACUCUUGCUUUUGCACAGUAAUGACAGACUGCUUAUUGAAGCCAGAGGCACUGAAGAAGAAAAACCCUGUGAUGCUUGAGCAGAACGGCUGACUGAACUAAGCCAGCUCUGACUGGUGCUGUGGAAAGGGAUUGGGUCUACCCUUCCAGUAUUAUAUUCUCAAGCAAAAAGACUACUGUGGAGGCUCCAGGCAGGAAGCUUCUCGUUAUUUAUAUGUUAAUACGUUUGUAAACUCAUGUACAGUUUUUGUUAGAAAUUCUUGAUAGGACUCAUUAACUGUAAUGUUCAGAUGAGAACACGUUGUUGGCCUAAAAGUUUAAAAAAAAAAAAAAAAAAAGUCAUGUAGCAAAAGCUUUUCCUCCCAUGUGGCUAGAAGUAUCUGUGGCAGUGCCAAGGCCGGAAGGCAGGCUCCAGCAUCAGCAGGUACUCUGGAGAACUCUGCAUGGAGGUUAUAUUUAAAAA